CAAAACCAAACGGGCCUCAAACUGAGAUUCGUUUGUCUGCUACCCGUCGGUGCUGCGUUCCAGGCCAACAACAAUCACUACCUCGCCGCAACAGAAACCGUGCACAGAAAGCAACCGCCGUCGCAGCCGCCGUCCAUGGGGCGAGAGAGAAAGAGAAUAAUGGAGCUGCGAUUCUAUUACGCGUCGGAGCCUCGGAGGACGGAGGGUGAGAAUAAGAAGGGGGAAAGAAAAGAUACGGCGAUUCAUAGUAAGGAAGGAAGCAGAGAAUUGCCGCCGGAGGAAGGGAAGAUGACGAUGAACGGGUAAGAAUUUGAGUGACAGAGAAGAAAACGUGAGACGAAGGAAGAGAAAAAGGGAAAGGCGCAUCUUUAAUUUAAUUAUGGAAUUGUUAGACAGCAAAGCAUAGUAGCACUCUGAAGGUUAGUUACUCUGAAUCGCUAUUCGUCGCCCUAAAAUUUAAAUUAUUUCGCCCUAAAUUGUACUAAAUUGACAUUUAUAAC